AUGGGAUACGCGGCAAGGGGGGACAAGGAGGCGUCGACAACUAAAUCGGCCCGAAAUGUGCAACUAAAUUUAAGCAUUGACCUAGAUCAAAGUACACUUCCGUUAGUUGCAGAUAUUGUGACAUCCCCACCAGAAAAAGAGAAGUACGACUCCAUUAAAGAGCGCCUGGUCUCAGUCCUCGGAGAGACAACUGCUACAAGUAUCAGACGCUUGCUUGCAACACAUGAACUUGAAGACGAUAAGCCUUCAAUAUUUCUACAGCGCCUGCGAAAUCUUGCAGAAGGACAAGUAGGCGACCAGAUACUCAAGUCGAUAUUCAUGGAGCGUCUACCAGAGAACAUAUGCGCAAUUUUAGCGAUUAGCGAGGUAACCGAUCUCAGUAAGUUAGUCGCGCAAGCUGAUAAGGUAAUGGAAGUAGCAAAACCAUUUCCAGGUAGUAUCCAAUCAGUAUGUCCUGAGAACAGUGAUAACUCUAGCAAAGUUUCAGCUGAAAUAGCAGAGUUGACCAAGCAGAUAGCCAAGCUAACAAAGCAAGUCAGAAACAGAUCAAGAAGCAAGUCACGUGGACGCAGGAAUUUUUACAAAAGACCGCGAAGCAAGUCCCAGACGCGCGACAAUAAAGAACUGUGUUACUACCAUAACAGAUUUGGCGCAGAGGCAUACAAAUGCACACAGCCUUGCGCAUAUGAAAAGAAGGCUAUCACGGAAAACUAA